GACACAGCAGUGAGAAAUGCCUAUCAGUAACUUAAACCCCCGAAACUCCACCUUCCGGGCGCGCGGCGCGGAGCCGGGCGGUGGGAAUGGAGCGAGCAGAUUGAGGCCGCCACUGCAGCGCCGCCAGCAUGAACUUGGCCGCGAGCUGAAGCGGCGGGAGGCGGGCGGGCGCGGGGGCACCGGCCGCUAGCCAGGGGGUGAUCUUCAAUCCGGCUGGGCCAUUCGGCGGGCGCCUGCGGCUAAGCUGCCCGUGCCGGCGGCCGCCCGCCCCUCUGGCUCUGCCCUGGCUGCUGCUGGAGCUCCGCAACACGCCCUGUGUCUAGGUCGUUUGGGAAACACCUUGGAGAGUCAAGAAUAAAAUUGCAGUUCAAACGAUGGAUGACUGGAAAAGUCGGCUUGCAAUGGAGAACAUGCUUCCCCAUUUCAACAUGGUGGGAAAUCGUCAGGAGCCCAGAAAGAUCCAGGAAUCGGGGACCAGUAAGAGAAGACAGGAAGGAGAGAACUUCCACUUCACAGGCAUGGCUGAUGGGGGCUAUCCUAAUAAAAUCAAGAGACCUUGCCUUGAAGAUGUCACCCUGUCUAUGGGCCCAGGUGCCCACCCUACUUCUCUCUCUACAGAGAUGCAGAUGCCCACAUUAAACAUGAAUCCCAACUCUGCAGACCUAGGAGUAUCUAGCCAAUCAUUACUCCUUGAGAAUAAUCCUCUGGACAGUAAUGUGACUAGCAGUGCUAUGGGCUCACCAUUUGGGGUGCCAUCAACUGCAGACACGGGGCUCAAAGGACAUGCUGUUCCUUACUAUGAGAAAAACAACAGUAUGCCAGCUGUAGACCAAGAGCUUCAAGAUCUGCUGGAGGAACUAACCAAAAUUCAAGAACCUUCUUCAAAUGACCUUGACCUUGAGAAGAUUCUGGGGAGCAAGCCAGAAGAGCCUCUGGUUUUACAUAACCCCCAGGCCCCUCUUGGUCCCUCUGCCAAGCUUCCAGUUCAGAUACCACAUAUGGAAAGCCUUGGAUCCAGCAAGGAGUUUGCACCUAGCUGCAGUCAAGUUGCUGGCACAUCGUUACCAAUCAUGCCCUCCUCCACAGGGAUCAGCUACUCCAUUCCUUCCACCAGUAAGCAGAUAGUCUCGUCCAGUUCUUCAACAGCACAGGCUCAGGUCAAAAACCAGGUCCAGAACAUGCUCCCCGUCACUAUGCCUACAUUAUCUGUGCCUCAGUGGCAUCAUGCCCACCAGCUGAAAGCACUUGCAGCCAGCAAGCAGGGAUCUGCUACAAAACAAGGUUCCAACCGCAGCUGGUCCAGUUUGCCUCCUCCAGGUCUUUCCCCACCUUACCUCCCAGUGCCAUCUCCUCACCCACCACCACCACAACCACCACCACCACCAUUCAGCCCACAGAACUUCACAGCAUCCUGCAUGUCAUCCAGUAGCUUGUCUGGCAGUGUUGUGCAAAACUCGCCCAAUGCCUUACUCUCCAGCAUGGCCCCCAGCAGCAGCAAUGCUGCUGUUAAUGCUGCUGUUGGGCCCACCUUGCCCUAUGUUCCAGCUAAGCUCCCGGGUCUGCCUCUCAAUCAGCAACCACAAUUCAGCCCCCAGGGCUCCAUUCUUGCCAAUCUGGUGUCCUCCACUGUCAAAAGCCCUCAAGGACACCUGAUAUCUGCUCUGCCCAACAGCACCCCAGGGCCAUCCCCACCCUACCGCCCUGAGAAUCUCUCCAGCCCUGGCUUGCCACAGCAGUCCUUUACUCCACAAUACUCUCUGAUCAGGAGCCUCACUCCCACCAGCAAUCUGCUAAGUCAGCAGCAGCAGCAGCAACAGCAGCAACAGCAGCAACAGCAGCAACAGCAACAACAGCAGCAGCAACAACAACAGCAGCAGCAGCAGCAACAGCAGCAGCAGCAGCAGCAGCAGCAGCAGCAGCAGGCAAAUUCCAUCUUUAAGCCUAUGACCAGCAGCCAGCAACCUAAAACCUUGAGUAUGAUCAUGCAGCAGGGCCUGACAAGUUCCAGUCCAGAAGCACCUGAGCCCUUUACAUUCAGCAACACCAAGCCCUUGUCACAUUUUGUUUCUGAGCCAAGCCCCCAGAAGAUGGCCUCCAUGCUUACCCACUCCAGGCAGUCAUCUUUGCUCCACUACCUGCCUCAGGCAACACCAGCACAUGCUCCUUCUGCCACUGCCUCCUCCACUGCCACUGCCACUUUGCAACUCCAGCAGCAGCAUCAACAGCAACAGCAUCAUCAUCAACAGCAACAGCAUCAUCAUCAACAGCAGCAGCAUCAUCAUCAACAGCAACAGCAUCAUCAUCAACAGCAACAGCAUCAUCAUCACCAACAGCAUCAUCAUCAACAGCAGCAGCAGCAUCAACAGCAGCAGCAUCAUCAACAGCAGCAGCAGCAUCAACAGCAGCAGCAGCAUCAACAACAGCAGCCGCCGCAGCAGCAGCAGCAGCAACCUGACCAGUCUUCAUUUCUUCUGCAGCAGAUAAUGCAGCAACCCCAGCGCUUUCCGCGCAUGAUGGCCUCUGAUUCAAUGCCUGCUCUACCUGGACAGGGCUGUUGCCAUCGCUGUGCGUGGACUUCUACGGCUCUCUGGCUGGAGCACCAGCAUCAGCAGUGGAACUCUCUCACUAGCACUCAUGGACAUGUGCCACCAUCUAACCUUACCCAUGUAGACAAAGCCUGCAAGCUUGGGGAAGCCAGGCCUCCCCAUGUCAGCCUCGGGCGACAGCCCACCACAUCCCGCCAGGCCAUGGGGAGUGAGUCCUUCCUGCCCGGCAGCUCCUUUGCUCAUGAGCUGGCCCGAGUCACCUCCUCGUACAGCACCUCAGAGGCAGCCCCCUGGGGCAGCUGGGAUCCGAAGGCCUGGAGGCAGGUGCCUGCUCCACUACUGCCUAGCUGCGAUGCUGCAGCAAGAGAAGCAGAGAUCAGAUCCUAUGGCAAUGACCCCUAAACAGCAGAAUUCGUGUAUUGCCCAGCACAUGACUCAAUUUCAAGCAGUACAAGAACAAGUCAUCUCCAAGUAUAACCAGACUAAGACGAGACCACCAUCUAACCAGCAAAAGAUGACACCGAAAACUGAGCUCCUUCAGGACAAUCUGAUUCCAAGAAUAUUACCACCCAUGAGUCACACAUGUAUUUUGUCGUCAACUCUGAAGAAGCAGCAAGUCAACACCGGCCUUCCAUUUCCCAUCUCCUCAGGCUUGGGUCAGGAUCCCCUGAAUAGUCUUGGCUCUGUCUGUCCCAAAGCCAAGGCCAUGCCCUUAGAAGUGCCCCUGCCCAAGCUCUGUAUCAGCCCCCUGGGCAGCCAAUCCUUGAUUCCCCACCAACUCAGCCUCCCCAGUGUGCCAGUGAUGUCUUCAGUGUUCAGUAAUGCAGUCUGGACAGUGGUAGCUGCAGCUGUAGCCACGCCAGUUUCAAACAAAUCACCCCUGAGCCAAGUAGAUAAUAGCAUUCUGCCGCAUUUUGAUAGCAACUCCAUCAUCUUUGUCAAGGCACCCAUGAGUAAACCCCCAACAACCCUAGCAUCUCCAUCUCAGAAGGUUGUGGUCCAGGCCAAUCAGAUGGCUCGGGAGCCAGGCCUGGCCAGAAGGUGUGUGCUGCUCUGGCCAGCCCCAGAUUCAGCCUAUUGGGCAAUCAGAGCCUUGUGCAGAGCCCAGCACAGGGGCCUGUGCCUGUAUUGAGCACUAAGUCCCUCCAACAGAGCAUGACCAGCUGCUCUCCCAUGAGUCCUAUUCAGGGGCUAGAGCAUCCAAGCUAUGCAGCUCCUACUGCUGCUAUUAGCCAGUCCCUAGGUACAUUGAUUAGAGUGGGCACACUCCCUGAGCUACAGGACAAUGUCUUGCCUCAGACAUGGUCCCCAGUAGAUGGUUUGAUUUCACCAUCAUCUGCAGGCAGUGAGGUGGAUCUCAUGGAAGAGCUUUCGGAAGGCUCCAGUGUGGCCCCAGAUGAAGACUGGGUGUGCAACUUGCGGCUGAUAGAUGACAUUUUGGAAUAGCAUGCUGCUGUCCAAAAUGCUACAGCCCAGAGUGCUGACCAAGUCACCUAGGGUGCUGAGGAGCUGUAAAAAUCGGAGUAGGAUGCUCCUGAAAAGCCCCAUGUUGUCACUCAAAGGAGUGGCCUGAAUCUGCACCCAGCUUGAAACUGGCCCCAGACACCCACACUAGGGUCCUAAUCUGAAUCCUGUCAGCCCUGCCCGUCCCUCUAUCUACCUAAUAAAUAAAAAGCUGGUGAUUUUUCAAGCUACUUGUACAUAUUUGAAAAUUUUGUAAAUGGUUUUCCUAAUCAUAAAUGACAGAAGUAUUUAUACUUGGUUUUGUGGCUUUGUAAAUAAAGUGGCAGCUUUGGUUUCGAUAGAGUUGUGUUUAUUAUACAUUGUUCCAAAUAUGCAGACUGUGUUGUUCGCUCCAGUGAUAACCUUGUUAAACCAGGUGGCUGAGUCACUGAGGUUUUCAUGCCACAAGAAACAUGGAUGUGACCAAGGGGUGUUGUGCAAACUGACAAAUGCCAAAUAGAAAGCCACUUGGUCAUUAAUUUCCACUCCAUUACAAACUGUACUAUCCAGUGUGACGCUUAAUCUUUCACAAGCCUUUAAGUCUCAGCUAGUUCUUUCCUAAUGAACAUUUACAGCAAAAGUCAUGGUGUGGUUAAGUGUCCCACAGAGACACUCAUGGGAGGCCAAGAGCGUCCUUUAGGUUUGGUUAAGAGAGGUGCAGAAAUAGCCUGUGAGCUGAGCACUGUGUGGACUGGCCACCAUGAAGAACUAGAGCGUUCCCUUCCCUUUGUCACCUAUGGUGACCUUCAGCCGCAGAGAAAUCCCCCGCUUUAGACAGCUUUGGUGCACCAUCAUAGAGUGAUGCUUUAAAGUCUGCUUUAAACCAUUUGGAUGUGAAUCUCUGUGGCUUGGGGGGAAAGUCUGUAAACAUUAAUGGUUGAUUUGGGGUUUGUCUUUAAUGGCUUCUAUUUGCAGUUCUUGUCAUGUAUAUUUAAGUGUCUGUUAGAGAAACUCCACAGCCACUGUCCUGUAAACUUUGCUCAGUGUCCAGAUCUUGUGUAAUCACAGUUUAAUUGACACCCUGUAUUUCGAUUCGACAUUUGAGAUCUGGCAUCUGUUUUGAGCCAGUGUUUUUUGUUGGCUUUUCUUUUGUUUUCUUUUUCUUUUUUCCUUUUUUCUUUGUUCUGUAAUAAACAGCCAGGAGAAAAGUG